GCGUACAGCGAGGAGCGAGCUCAUACUGAUACGCGCAGAGUGCUCGCGCUGUGUGGGACGCUCAAGAGUGAGACGCUUCAGUGUCUGUGCGAUGCUUUGGGACUCUCCGGCGGAUAUCCAGAAAAGCAACACCUUUUGACAAAUUUAAAUUUAAAUUAGAGGAGAAAGUCAAAGUUAGGAGAAAAUAUUUAUUAACAAAAGCUGCCUAGUGAAAAACUGACAGUUCUGGGCGCUGACAGACCGCUGUGCCUGAUAUUGGACCGUUAAUUUAUAGCAAUCGCAGGACUGAGCUGCCAAGAUAACGUUACCAGUCAAGAACUUUUACACCACCACGAAAGUGAUUCUUUCUCUCUUUAAGAAGUUUACUCCACAAUUUUUUCAACAUGUUCAGCUGGGCGAACAAGGACGGGAAGAAAAAGGAUCCCGAACUGUUUCAGACUGUUUCUGACGGGCUGAAGCGACUCUACCGGACCAAAUUAUUUCCUUUGGAAGACACGUAUCGCUUCCACGACUUUCAUUCCCCGGCUCUGGAAGACGCUGAUUUCGAUAACAAGCCCAUGGUACUUUUAGUGGGCCAGUACUCUACGGGAAAAACCACUUUUAUUCGGCAUCUCAUGGAGCAGGAUUUCCCCGGAAUGCGCAUAGGCCCAGAACCGACCACCGACUCAUUCAUUGCUGUGAUGCAUGGGGACCAGGAGGGGCUCGUCCCGGGCAACGCUUUAGUGGUUGACCCGAAAAAACCUUUCCGCAAACUCAAUGCCUUUGGAAACGCCUUUCUGAAUAGGUUUGUAUGUGCACAGAUGCCAAAUCCAGUGUUGGAGAGCAUCAGCAUCAUAGAUACUCCUGGUAUUCUGUCCGGAGAGAAGCAAAGAAUCAGCCGAGGUUACGAUUUCGCAGCGGUGCUCGAAUGGUUUGCUGAACGAGUGGACCGCAUCAUUCUUCUCUUUGAUGCUCACAAGCUGGACAUCUCAGAUGAGUUCUCCGAGGUGAUCCGUGCCCUGAAAAACCACGAGGACAAGAUGAGAGUGGUGCUCAACAAAGCAGACCAGAUCGGCACACAGCAGCUCAUGAGGGUGUACGGCGCCCUCAUGUGGUCACUUGGUAAAAUCGUCAACACCCCAGAAGUCAUCAGAGUAUACAUCGGCUCAUUCUGGGCUCAGCCACUGCUGGUUCCAGAUAACAGGAAACUUUUUGAGGCAGAGGAGCAGGAUCUUUUCCGUGACAUCCAAGGACUUCCUCGUAACGCAGCGCUGCGCAAGCUGAAUGAUCUUAUCAAACGGGCACGUCUAGCAAAGGUUCAUGCCUACAUCAUCAGUGCUUUGAAGAAAGAAAUGCCAAACAUGUUUGGGAAAGAGAAUAAGAAAAAGGAACUCAUCAGUAACCUGGGUGAAAUCUACGCAAAGAUUGAAAAAGAGUAUCAGAUCUCUCCGGGUGAUUUCCCCAAACUCGCUAAAAUGCAGGAAAUCCUUGCUGGUCAGGACUUUACUAAGUUUCAGUCAGUAAAGCCUAAGCUAAUGGAAGCAGUGGAGGACAUGCUGGCCAACGACAUUGCCAAACUUAUGACCCUCGUUCGGCAGGAGGAGGCUGCCAUGCCCAGUCAGUCUGUCCAGGGCGGGGCCUUUGACGGCACCAUGAACGGACCUUUCGGUCACGGCUAUGGAGAGGGAGCCGGUGAGGGCAUCGAUGAGCUGGAGUGGAUCGUGGCCAAAGACAAACCAACUUACGAUGAGAUCUUCUACACUCUGUCACCUGUCAAUGGAAAGGUCUCGGGUGCCAUGGCCAAGAAGGAGAUGGUAAAAUCCAAGCUGCCCAACACUGUUCUAGGAAAAAUCUGGAAGCUUGCUGACGUGGAUCAGGACGGCUUCCUGGAUGAUGAGGAGUUUGCUCUGGCUAACCAUCUUAUCAAGGUUAAACUGGAAGGUCAUGAGUUACCAGCUGACCUUCCUGAACACCUUGUGCCUCCUUCUAAACGAGGACUGUAAAGAAUUUAGGGGAGAAAUGUUAUUGAGCCAGAAUAAAGAGAGGUAAUGGAUAUGGGUAGAAGAGGGGUCUAUAAAUUAAAAAAAUAUAUAACAAAAUUUAUGAUGUAAUUAAACAGUAUAUGUUAACUGUGAAAAUCUUUUAAACUUUUCAUCACUACAGUUUUUCAUAGUUAUUUUCACAUUAUGUUCUUUGUCUUUGGUAGCAACUUAAUCAAAAUUAAGGAAUUAGCAUUCUGUCAUUGUGUAUCUUAAAGACUAAAUGUAGCCAAAUUCUCUUUACAAUGGCAAGCUGGCAGGAAGAUGACCAAACAUUGUCAAGGCUGUAUUUACAAGCUUUUAGAGGUCAGAUAGUUUGUCAAAGUUAAAUAUGAAAUUUUCAUUUAAUUGUUCCAUAUCAUACAUUGAUGCUUUUCUUUUUGACUACUUAAUUUCUGUUGUUUAAUGUCAUACUUAGAAAAAUGAUUUAAUGUUUAAAUUCAUUUAAUUACAUGAUGGUCCAUGUCAUCUCCUCACUUAGUAUCAGAAUCUUUCCUCAUAGUUUUUCUUUCCAUCUGAUUUAUUCUUAAUUUGCUUUAAAUAAUGAUCUAUACAUCUUGUAUUGUUGUUUCAUCGACUUUAGAUUUUGUUUAAUUGGCCAUUAAACGUGAGCUGCUUUUCUUUCCAUUAAUCUUUUCUCAUCUUUAGAUAAAUCAGAUACUUGACUUUAAAUUUAUACCUUCAACUGAACAAGAUUGUCUACAAUAUGUAUAGUUUUGGGUUUUACUCAAUAAUUUGACCUUGUACACAUACAUGCAUUACAUACAGUUUUGUUUGUUUCUGAAUAUUUUUUCAUUAAUAUUGUGUCAUAUGUCAUGGUGUUGCCAAUUAUAACUAUUCAGAACAAGAACAAAUACGAGUUAGGGACACUAACCCAAAUGAUAAGAGUCCAUUUGCAACAUUUGUGUGUAAGUGAUGUAUUGUAAAUAGCACUACUCACAUCAGUAUUUGUGCUUGUUCAGUGCUUAACUUUGCUAAUAUGGAAAGCUCUAUACACUCCCUCUAUAAAUGUUGUUCAUAAGUAUAUUUUGCAAUAAAAAGUUACAACAA